AUGAGGUACCACAUGUAUGAAGAGGAAGAUAGAGCUGAUUUGGACCAAGGAUUGGGAUGGAUCACGUUCUUGGCUAAGGGAGAGAAGAGAAUGGUGACCUUUAGGCAGCUGGAAAUCUUGUUUGGGUUCAACUAUGGAGAGGGUACCAAGUGGAACUUCAAGGAAAAGGAACUCCAAAGGGUUUGGGCUACAAUCGCUGAUGGAGUGUACUCUUCCUCAAGGUCCAAGGCAGCUCAGAUCAGGAGCCCAGUCUUGAGGUAUGUGCACAAGGCACUUGCCAACACCUUCUUUGCAAGGAAGGCGACCGGGACCAUCAACGAGGGGGAACUCAAGUUUCUUGACAUGGGAAUCAAGCCCCUUCUCUCACGCACAAGCGAUGGCAAGAGGAUAAGGGGAGAUAGAUCUGACACAGGGAACUUGAUGCCUUUCCUUGACCAUCUCCUUACCUACAAGAUCACAGCCUACAACACUAGACAUCAACGAGGGAGGCGCCUAAGUGUUGGAGGGCUCAUCACUCCUAUCUUGUGUGCUGCUGGAGUGAACCCAACUGAUAGGAGAGCCACUGAACCAGGUUGGAUGGACAUCAAGUUUUGCAAGACCAACCUUCUCAUUGAGCACAAGGAGUUGGAUGGGAGGUUCCAAUUCAAGUUCACACAUCCAUUGGUUGGACCCUCCAAGUUUCUCCUGCCUAACCCAGAGCUCACCACAGUAGUAAGGGGUGAGAACAUUGACUUCAGACCCCCUGUGUACACAUUAGUUGGGCAUGAGGAUGAUUCGCGAGAAGAGGAGCCUGAGCUCGAUCGAGCUGAGUCUCGAGCUGAGGAUCGAGCUGAGAUCAGGUCCAGGGAGCGGAUUUGGGUGAGCCUGAGUGCUAUUACUUUGAGGAGUAUGAGGCUCCAAGGAUGA